AUGUCAAGCCAAGAAACAAAGCAGGGCACAACUCAACUCGCAACUGACGAUACAACCCAGGACGCUACUCAAGAAGGAGCCAAUGAUAAUGCUACUCGUGACGCUGACCAGAACCCUAUCCAAGACGCUUGGCAUGAUACAGCCGAAGGGAGGGUCCAUCACCAAGAAAUCAGACCCUUGGUCUUCUACAAGAGAUAUAGUAUACGACAGCCUACCAAGACCUCUCUCAAGAGAAUUAUGAUGAAGACUAAGGGUCUUUUUGCCAUAAACCUCAAGGUAGAAGCCGACAAAGCCUUACUACCUGAGAUUGAGGAAGAUUAUGCAAGGGCUCAAGCGAAAUUCGGAACAUUGCUCGAGAUACAUAACGUGCUACAAUCCCGACUGGUCGAGACUGGUACCGUCGUGGCAGGUGUCAGUGUACACACCCCCGUAGAAGGAUACAAAAGGGGCAGGAAGAUCGCAAUGAGCACUGAGAGACUGAACCUGCAAGGCCCAUACUAUCUUUCUGACUACGAGCAGGUACGUCCGGAAGGUCUCGCGGGAAGUUCCGAGUGA